GUUUGCUUCUCAUGGUUUUAAUAAUUUGAGGUUCCAAAACUCAUCACGAAACUCAGAACAAAACAAUGCAAACCCAAGUGAAGUGCAUCGAAUCAAAAAACACUGAGCUGACUCCACCCGACCUGUGGCUCCCUAGCACCUCCACACCUCCAGACAUUUUCAGGGAGCAGAUGAAGGCCCCUCUGCCCAUCUUCAAUCAUUGGAGCCAUGCCUUCUCCCCAUCUGCAGUGUUUGGGGCACUAGCCUGCCACUCCCCAAACCCCCAAGAUACCUUCCUUGGAUGAACUAUCCGUUCCAGGUCCCACUGCUGCCUCUCCAUGCUCCUAGGCUUGAGAUGUUCCCGAAGUGACCUCGUGGACUGGCUGACUAAAUUUGGCUACCUGCCUCCUCCAGACCCUGUCACAGGACAACUGCAGACCCAGGAAGAGCUUGCAAAAGCCAUCACAGCCAUGCAACAGUUUGGAGGCCUAGAAGCAACAGGGAUACUAGAUGAAGCUACGCUGGAAUUAAUGAAGACACCUCGUUGCUCUCUCCCUGAUCUUGCUGAGUCAGAGACCAGGAAGAAGCGGCAUGCUCAGGCUGUGACAAAGUGGAAUAAGAGGAACUUAUCUUGGAGAGUCCGCACCUUCCCCAAAGAAUCUCACCUGGGCCAUGACACAGUCCGUGCCCUCAUGUACUAUGCCCUGAAGGUCUGGAGUGACAUCACCCCGUUGAAUUUCCACGAAGUGGCGGGUAACAAUGCUGACAUACAGAUAGACUUUUCCAAAGCGGACCACAACGAUGGGUAUCCCUUUGAUGGGCCUGGCGGCACGGUAGCACACGCUUUCUUCCCUGGAGACCAUCAUACCGCAGGAGACACUCAUUUCGAUGACGACGAAUAUUGGACCUUCCGAUCAUCAGAUGCCCAUGGGAUGGACCUGUUUGCCGUGGCAGUCCAUGAGUUUGGCCACGCCAUCGGCUUGACCCACAUCUCUGCCUUAGAGUCUAUCAUGAGACCCUAUUACCAGGGACCGGUGGGGGAUCCCCUGAAGUAUGACCUGCCUUAUGAAGACAAAGUCAGAAUCUGGCAGCUAUAUGGAGUCAGGGAUUCUGUGUCCCCAACAGCAAAGCCUGAAGUAACCAAAACUGAUGACCACCCCCUUCUGCCAGAGCUACCAGAGAAUCGCCCCACUGUGCAGCUCAGAAGAGAUAUCCCCAACAGGUGCAACACUCACUUUGAUGCCGUGGCUCAGAUCAGAGGCGAGGCUUUCUUCUUCAAAGGCAAGUACUUCUGGAGACUGACUCGCAAUAAACACUUGGUCUCCCUCCAGCCAGCUCAGAUCCACCGUUUCUGGCGGGGUCUACCUCUCAAUAUGGACAGUGUGGACGCGGUGUACGAGAGAACCAAUGACCACAAGAUCGUGUUCUUCAAAGGAGACAGAUACUGGGUGUUCAAAGACAAUAACGUGGAGGAAGGAUACCCUCGGCCAAUUUUGGAUUUUGGCUUGCCACCGGGAGGCAUCGACGCUGCCUUCUCCUGGGCGCACAAUGACAAGACUUAUUUCUUUAAGGACAGUCUCUACUGGCGCUAUGACAACCAUGAGCGGAGGAUGGAUCCCGGCUAUCCUUCAGAGACCACUUUGUGGAAGGGCAUUCCAAGCACGUUAGAUGACGCAAUGAGAUGGUCAGACGGUGCGACCUAUUUCUUCAGGGGCAAGGAGUACUGGAAAGUGUUGGACAAUGACCUGGAAGCAGAACCCGGUUACCCUCAGUCCAUCGCCAGAGACUGGCUGGUGUGCGGUGACAUGCAGUCUGAUUCUCCAGACUCGGCAGGGCGCAGCAGGACUGGGGUGCGCUCCAAGCAAGGGCAGCACGACGAGAGCCGUUCGGAAAACGGCUACGAGGUCUGCUCAUGCACCUCCUCCUCAGAUUCCCUCUUGGCUAGCCCGGCACUGAGACUCUCCGCAAGCCUUGUGCUAGCGAGCCUGUGGACAGCAGCAGUGGCUUGCACAGCACUAUGACAUCCAGUAACGUGGACAAAAAGAUGUUGCGGUGCUUCAGGGACUGGUGGUGGAAAAAAAUCACACCAUGCUACACUGUUACAGCCGAAACAAACAUUCCUAGGAACGUGGCAGCGAAGGUUUCAAGUUCUCCAUGAGAAAUGAACUGGGUUUAUUUUUAUUUCUUAGUUAAAGGUCUAAUAAUGGACUGUGGGUUCUGCACCUUCUUAUUCCUCCAACCAGCUAAAGAAUAAAGACAUUGCUGAAUAUUAGUUACAACGGUUCUGUAGAGAUGUAACACUCAAGGUGUGUAAGAACUGCCAAGUAGAGACGACAUGGAUACAUUGAAAGGCCACUCUGGUUUCUUGAAAACAGACCAGAUAGUGCUGAAACCCAGUUGUUAUUCCAGGAAUAAAAGCAGCUUCAGUAUAAGGCAAUGGGAAAGAUGCAACAGCUGUGCUGACAUUCAGUAAUGUAAUAUAUGCAUUCAAAUGGAUGUAUGAGAUAGAAUGGCAACUUGACUGCACUGGGCUUUAUUGCUAAGUGGUACAUUUCACAAACAAAUCUAUGCUGCCAACUGAUGUCAAGCUAACCCAUGCCAGUUUCUAUAGAUCAGAAACAUAUUUGCCUUUAUGAAGGACAUGAAGGUCACCUUUGAUUCCAGAUGUUUAAAUUUAAGGGCUUCUCUGUUAAACCUUGGCCACACAAACAUAGAUACCAUGGUCAACAGCAGGUAUCCAUCGCCCCUGUCUUCAGCAUACGCCUUGACUGCUUGAGCUAGAGUAGCUCUUUCAUCUCUGAGCAAGUAGCGGGCUGUUACAAGCACUGAAUGCAGUCGUUCAGCUGAGAUGCAGUUACACACAUGAAGCCAGUAUAAUCCAUAUGCAUCUAACUUUUCUGCGCCCCUAAAUUCUAUUCUAGAUGUAUUUCGUGAUUGAUCGCUGCAUACAAAAAUCUCAUUCGUUUAAGGCUUCCUCUGAAAGAUUUGUGAGGGCCUAAACUUCGAAUUGUGGAUGCACGCGCUAGUUUUAGAUGCAUUUUCAAAUAACAGAUUGUGUUUUUUGGCUGGCUUCUUAUAUCAGCCAGAUGCCGUUAUGAUACCAUCGGUUGUGAAUCAGUUAUUCUGUAUGCCACUGUCACUGUUUAAUUUGGCACCAAUACACUAAAGGAGAAUGAAGGGGAUUAAUUGUUUUAAAGUGGGGAUCUUGCUCUGUAAAAAUGAUGUCACAAAAUUCCAUGUUUGUCUCUCCUUCACUUACAGAUCCAGUUUGCUCAGUUCACAAGUAAAAAGAUGGUUUUCUAACUGUCCCCAAACUCUACAUGGGACCAGAGAGUCAAGCUGGGUUCUGUCUGGCUCCUGGACCAACACCUGCCCCCCGACUCAGCGGAAGUGUACUACAUCUGUACAUAGGUGUGGCUUCUGUGGUUGGUUGAAAUGUUUUAAAUUUCACACUUUCCAUCAAAAAUGUUUGAAUUUUGAGCAAAAAAAGAGAGCGAAAGAUGUUCAGUGAAAUCUUCACAAAAUUUCUCUCCCCACUUCCCCCACUCCCAUACUGUAAACAAUUACUGUACAGGUAAAUAAUCCCUUCUUCCUGGUGUUGACAGGUGAGCAAGAAGGAGCCAGCUUGACUCUCAGAUCCAAGGAGAACUUGAAGGGCAACUGGAUUUUUAAAAAAUCCUUUAAACUGUAAACUGAGCAACUUUGGUGUUGAAUUGCACUGCUUGGAAACCCCGCAAAAUUGUGAUCAACUAUUUCACUGGGGGAGAAGUGAGGGUUGAGAUCAAAAUUUAAUUUUCAAGCAAAAACAAUGUGUUAAAAAUUAGAAAUUUUCCACUGGCCCUAAGUCUGGAGCCAGUGAAAAACAGUCAACAUGGAACCCUGCAAUGUUCAUUUUCAGAGUAGAACACUUUUAAGGGAGCCAUUUUCAAAAGUGCUGAGCCCUGGCCUAACUCUGUUCCCACUGAGGUCAACGUUGAAAAUUGCUCUUGAAAAUCCACCUAAAAGCCUCUUCAAUGAUAUUUCCUGGAAGAGACUUGUUAAAAAAAAAAAAAAAAGAAAGAAAAGAAAAAAAAAGAGCACCACUAGUUUCUUCUAACUUCCAGAUGGAUUUAAAUGAUGAGAGACGCAUCUCUUCCAAUGUCUUUUAAUCAUCGGCCUUUCUCUCUCCCACUUCCCAUGUGGAUCACGCUGACAAGUAACUUCUCUUCAUACUAGCCACUACGGUGGCACUGAACUGGCUCUUGUCUUUCGGUGGCCUAACGGGAAGCUGAUAAGGAAUCUAAAUGGUGACUCUCACACGCUUGGUGCCAUUUUGGGGUGAGUGGAUGGGUGGGUGUGGUGUUAAAUGGGUUAUAUUAACUCUUUCAGUGCUUCAGGGAAUGGUGUGGCUUGCAGGGAGCAAUGUCCACAUGACUGCACCAGAUUGUUCAGUUUUCGGUGGUUUUACUGGGGUAAGUCCCUCACCAAAGGCUCUUCAGCAGAGUCGGCAGUCACAGGAUAAGAGGGAAGAUCCUCUCAUGGAUCAAUAACUGGUUAAAAGACAGGAAACAAAAGGUAGGAAUAAAUGGUCAGUUUUCAGAGGAGAGAGGUAAAUAGUGGGGUCUCCCCAAGGAUCUGUACUGGGACCUGUUGCUGUUCAACAUAUUCAUAAAUGAUCUGGAAAAAGGGGGUAAACCAUGAGGCGGCAAAGUCUGUAGACGAUACAAAGUUACUCAAGGUAGUUCAGUCCAACCCCAACUGUGAAGAGCUACAAUGGGAUCUCACAAAACCGAGUGACUGGGCAACCAACUUGCAGAUGAAAUUCAAUAUUGAUAAGUGCAAAGUAAUGCACAAUGGAAAACACAUUCCCAACUGUCCAUAUAAAAUGAUAGGGAGCUAAAUGAACUGUUACCAUUCAAAAACGGAGAUCUUGGAGUCAUUGUGGCUAGUUCUCUGAAAACAUCCACUUGAUGUUCAGGAAUAGUCAAAAAAGCUUGGGAAAGGGAUAGAUAAUAAAAUAGAAACGAUUAUAAUGCUGCUGUAUAAAUCCAUGGUACACGCACACCUUGAAUACUGUGUGCAGUUCUGGUCACCCCAUCGCAAAAGAGAGAGAUUGAAAUUGGAAAAGGUGUUGAGAUGGGCAACAGAAAUUAUUAGAGGGAUGGAACAACUUCCAUGCAAGAUUGGGAUUCUUCAGCUUAGAAAAGAGAUGACUGGGGGAAUGAUAGAGGCCCAUAAAGUCAUCACUGAUAUGAAGAAAGCGAAUAAGGAGGUGCUGUUUGCCCCUUCACAUAACACAAGAAAUAAGGGUGAUACGAUUAAAUUAACAGGCUGCAGGUUUAAAACAACAACUUCUUCACACAAUGCACAGUCAACCUGUGGAACUCAUUGCCAGGGUAUGUUAUGAAGGCCAGAAGUAUAACGGAGUUCAAAAAAGAAUUAGAUAACUUCAUGGAGGAUAGGUCCAUCAAUGGCUAUUAGCCAAGUUGGUCAGGGAUGCAAACCCCUGUUCUGGGUGUCCCUAAGCCUCCGACUGUCAGAAGCAUUUGCAACUGGCCGUCAGAGACAGGAUACUGGGCUACAUGGGCCAUGGGUCUGACCCAGUAUGACCAUUCUUAUGUUCUUAUAUUCUAUUUCCCUGGGUGUUCACUAAGCACCUGAGGGCAUCUAAAGGGACUGAAUUAGAUCCAGAGCCAGUAAACAAUUCCACACCCAAGGAGCUGUCAAAAUGGCGGCGCUACUGUAAUUCAGCAGCUGUUAAUGGACCCUAAAGGUCUGGGUUUGCCAGUAGCUGCUGAUACAUUUCUUAUGUUUCUCUGCCACAAAAAUCACCCCCUCCCUUCUCCCCAAAUGCCAGGCCUCAGUUAAUAGCAUGACACAGAGACUCGGAAGCAGGCUACAGCAUCCGUUUGGGCUCAUAUUGUAAUACUUUAUCUUUGCAACAUUGCUGCUGCUCUGGUCCUAUGCCAGUCCAGGGCUGCUGCAAAAGGAGAACAAAAAAAAAAAAGUCCUUGAUCAGAACAGACAAGCAUGUAAUAUGGGCUGGAAAUCGUAAUCAACAAGCUUGGGAGGCUCUGGGAGGGCUGCUUCUGCUGGAGACCCACAAUAAAAGAGGAAGCAGUACUUGACAAGGCCCAUUUCCUUCGCAGCAGGAGCUCCUUUGGUUCACUUGAGCCACAGCCCCGAAGCCACUUUGUUUUUUAUCUUGCUAGGCACUGACGGGCCAUUGAUUUCUAAAUUACCAACCACAUUUGUUUGGAAAGUGCCAGGUCCAUUAGUCUGCACCUCCUGUGAUUAGCUGCUGGCUAGUGCUACAGCAAGGCUCAUGUAGAGCCUAACUGUAUAGAACUGCUGGUGGUUCACCAUCACAAAGAUCUUAUCUUUGCUGGAAGGAGACCUGCUGGUUUGCAGACUUCCUUCAGCUAGCAUUGCUAUUCCCCCUCACUCCCCCCCUUGGGGCUGAAUGCAAAUACCAUUGGAAGAUUGAUGGGAGUCUUGGAUCAGACUCCCAUGGAGUGAUGUUGGGCGCCUUUUUCUAAACUGGGAAUAGGAAUUGUAUCCUGACAAAGAAAAGAAAAGCAAAUGGUCACCUUGUGUUUGCCUGUCUACCUUUGCAUUUUUAAGUAUUCACAGUGAUUUGCAAACUAGGACUGUUUUUAGGACAUUAUAAUGCAGUGUGAUUUUACGGGACAUUGAAUGUGAACACGUUUCAUGGAAACCUCCUGUUAAACCAUUAAAUAUCC